AUGACGCAGCCGCCGCUCCAGCGCCAGUCCCAGGGCGACGCUGACACGGUGCCCUACGGCCUUCCCGACGGGCAUCCAGGGGGGCACGUCGCUUCGGGCAUCCCCGUCGCGCCGCCUUCGCCCGUUCCCGCUGCCGCCGCAGCAGCGGCGGCGCUGGAUGCCGCGGUGGAUUCGGCGGCGUUUGAUUCGGUUCCCCCGACGCAGAGGGCGAACCCCAGGGAGUUGCCAGCGCCGUGGAUCGCCGAGAAGGAGAGGCUGGAGGCGCAGCGCAAGAGGACGGACGCGGAGACACAGCUCCUGCGCGAGACUUUGGCCAGGCAGGAGGCGGCAAUGGAGACGAUGAAGAAGUCGAUGGAGGAGUACAAGCGGAAGUGGGAGGUUUCAGCGGAUCCGAUGAAGACGCCACCAGCCAGGGUGGCGGAGAUGGCGCCAGGCGAGGCCGUCAACGAGGCGGAGACGGUCAGUUCCUUGGCGGCCCACCUGGCCUGGGCGCACGACGCUCAGCCGCGCUGGGACGACGAGCACCGCGAGGAGCGGCUGAAGCGAAAGAACGGGGAGGCGGUGAAGAUGUCCUGGAUGAUAGCUGAGGCCAAGAAGAAGGAGGAUGAGGAGAGGGAGGCAGAGAACGAUAGAGCUCUCGAGCAGGGCAUCCAGAAUUCCCUCAGCCCUUCCUUAGGCUUCGAACCAAUCGAUACCGAGUUCGAGGAAGAGAUCCUCGAGGCGCCCGCGGAGUCCGACAAGCGCGUCGACAAGUCAACGGCUCCGUCGACUGCGGAGGAGCGCAUCAACUUGAAGAGGUCGGGUCAGCCUCUGACGAUCAAGCGUGGCGGCAAGGUCAGGGUCACGCCCGAGCUCGUGAGGUCCAUCGUGGAGGCGAGGACGGGGCGCACUUCCGACGACUCUGGCGCGGCACCGUCGACAGGGGCCGCGGGGCCGGCAGCGUCGUCGGCCGCGCAGCCGCCGUCUGCGCCAGCUACGCCUGCGUCGCGCCAGGACUUGGGGCUAUAA